CGGCCGAACCUCAAGAAGCCACAGAAAAUAAACAAGAAAGAGGCAGAGCGUAAAGAUUGUAAAAAUAAUACACAGUAAUACACAAAUGCGAGCAGUUAUCAACUGCAGUUCCGCACGAGAAGAUCCACACGACGGUGCGCCUGAUAAAUCCAAAGAAACAACUUUCGCUCUGGACUUUUGCUAGGAAAAACUCCAAAGAAACAUGGAAGUAUUAGAUGACGACGACAACUACAGCGAACAGCUCAUUCUGGUGCAACAGAAUCUGCGCUCGAUGCCCAUUGAAAUUGUGCAGCGCUAUGCCGAGAGCACCGAGCAUUUGGAUUUGAGUCACAAUUGCCUCAAGGAUCUGUCCUGGCUGUCGGAAUUUGAGCAGCUGCGUUAUCUGGUUCUGGACAGCAAUCGGCUGCACGAGUCGCAGUUGCGCACGUUGCAAGUGCCACUGCCACAGCUGGAAGUGCUCAUGCUGAACAAGAACGAGUUCAGCGAUCUGGCGGCAACGAUUCGACUUAUCAGGCGGCUCUUUCCCAACCUGCAGUACCUCAGCCUACAUGGCAAUCCCAUUUGCCCCGACGGCCUGCAUUUGCAGCCUUUCUCCAGCUACUUGGAUUACGAUUAUACAUACUACAGCAAUUUCAUAGCUCAGUCGCUGGGAAAGCUAAAAUUUCUGGAUCACGCCCCGGUUAAACGUUCCUUUAACUAUGAGAGUUUUCCUAUCAAGGGCCAUGAUAGGUCUGAAAAUACACUUGUAAACACGACAAAACUUUGAAGAAAAACACAUGUUCUUACCAAAUUGAUAAAAAUCUCAAUAUUAUAAAUCAUAUACGUACCUGUA